AGUCAGCGAGAGGAAAGAGGGGAGGGGAAGAGCGAGCCAGCGAGGGAAGGUGUGAAGCCAACACUGUGAAGCAGAGGGAUAGAGAAGACCAACAGAAAGACACGAGAAACUCUCCCAGACAGAAAACGGAGUAAAAAGGAAAAAACAGCGUUUCAAAGAACUGACCAAACGUCCAUUUAACGCCGGAGCAUCGUGUUUUGUCAGAGCCGUACAGGGAUAACUCUUAAUGGAACCAACAUUUGGGGCCUUCCUCUGACCUGUCAACAGUAACACAGACAGACAACAACAUGGAUGUAAAUCCUCCAAACAACACUUUUGCCAACACCUCACACGUCCAGAUGUCUUCCCACAACGUGUGGGAGGUUAUAGCGAUCGCUACCGUGUCAGCCAUUGUCAGCUUGAUAACGGUUGUUGGUAACGUGCUGGUGUUGCUGUCCUUCAAAGUCAACAGCCAGCUGAAGACUGUCAACAACUACUACCUGCUGAGUUUGGCUUUCGCUGACCUCAUCAUAGGAGUGUUGUCCAUGAACUUGUACACCACGUACAUCCUGAUGGGUUACUGGUCCUUGGGAAACCUUGCAUGUGAUCUCUGGCUGGCGGUGGAUUAUGUAGCCAGCAAUGCUUCGGUUAUGAACUUACUCGUCAUCAGCUUUGACAGAUACUUCUCCAUCACCAGGCCGCUGACUUACAGAGCUAAAAGGACUCCAAAGAGAGCCGCCAUCAUGAUCGGCCUCGCAUGGCUGGUGUCUUUUGUCCUCUGGGCGCCACCCAUCCUGUGCUGGCAGUACUUUGUAGGAGAGAGAAACGUGCCUUCUGACCAGUGCCAGAUCCAGUUUUUAACAGAGCCUGUGAUCACUUUUGGUACGGCCAUUGCUGCUUUCUACAUCCCUGUCUCCGUGAUGACCAUCCUUUACUGCAGGAUCUACAAGGAGACGCAGAGACGCACCAAAGAUCUGGCAGAACUGCAAGGCUUACCGAAGGAAAAUGUUCUAGAGGGGACUAAACCUCAGAAAACCAUCAUUCAUUCUUGCUUUCAUUUCACAAGAGAGAGGCGAGAACGGAGUCAGGCCUCAUGGUCGUCCUCUAACCAAAGUAACGUCACUAAAAUGACAACUAGAUCAGAGGAUGCAUGGGUGAAAUCUGAUCAGAUCACCUCCUUCAACAGCUACUCCUCAUCUGAUGAAGAAGAGCAGCCUGUUUCAAUAGAUACCCCACAGGGAUCAUUCAAAGAGCAAGAGAGUGUUCAGAGUAAUAAGAACGGGGAGGUGGGGGGUUACACAGAAGAACUGUACUUCUCCACUCCUAAAAAGAAGAGCAGUAAAAAAAAGUUGUCUUAUAAAUUCAAACCUGGCUCCAAGCCUAAAAACGGCAAACCUAAAACAGCGUCACCCUGCCUGCCUGAAGCAGAGCAGCCUCCCAAAACCGCCUCCCCUUCGGCCUCCUCCACCUCCAAACCCCUGGACCCCGUCCUGAAGAGCCAGAUCACCAAGAGGAAGAGGAUGGUGCUGGUGAAGGAGAAGAAGGCGGCGCAGACUCUCAGCGCCAUCCUCCUGGCCUUCAUCCUCACAUGGACGCCGUACAACAUCAUGGUGCUCAUCUCCACCUUCUGUGCCGAGUGCAUCCCCAUGUCGCUGUGGCACCUGGGCUACUGGCUGUGCUACGUCAACAGCACCAUCAACCCCAUGUGCUACGCCCUCUGCAACAAGACUUUCCAGAAGACCUUCCGCAUGCUCCUGCUCUGCCAGUGGAGGAGGAGGAGGAGGAGAGGCGAGGACAAGCUGUACUGGUGCGGACAGAACGCAAACGCCAACAAUAAAGUGACUUGAUGUGGCACAUGCUAAUAUUAGAGCAGACGUGUGGAUGUUCUCGAUGUAUUCUGUAGUCAGUGGUCAUCGUCAGCAUGAAGUGCUGCAUGUGGUUUUUGUGUUUAAGUAUACUUGUUGGUGGAAAAUGUGCUGAGCCGGAUGCAGAACUCAAACUGCUGCUCCAUAUUAGGUUGCUAUACAGUCUUACAAAGGUUUAAAUCUACUUUAAGAUGAGAACUCAAACUAUUUUAUAGUCUGGGGGAAUACGACUAAUUUCACCAAAGUCAUGAAUUUCCAAUGUUCAUUUUCUUGAACCGACAUGUUGUUAAACAAAAUUCUUUCUAGAUUUUUUUGUUUAAUUAUCUUACACUUUCAAUUUUUUUUUGUAAAAACAUUGCAAGGAAUUCAACAUUACAUUUCUAUAGAGGAAUAUGAAAUGAAUCCCUAUUGUAGUCACACUUUGAAGCUUGAAGGAAUCACUUCCACACCAAUGUAGACAGGAUAACAGGACUUUGUAAAAACAUACUUUUAACGUAUACUGCAUGAGCAUUAGAGUAAAAACUCUGAACUGGUCCUUUAAACCUCAUGUUAUCCUUCUCUAUUCGUUCACCCACUUGCACUGUAUAUAGGACAUACUGUAGGCGUACACAUUUCAAAGUAAUUCAUAAAUAAUAGUUCACUGAUUCUGUUUUACACCCAAAUGUAUAAAUUGCUUAAUGUAUUGUAUCAGUGUUGUGUUUUUGUUUUCCUAUCUUGGCAAAUCGAUAUUUGAUCUUGUGUUUAAGGGCUAAUCUGUACAUGUCUGCGCAUUUACGUAAGAGAUUGUUUAUGGAUCACACCUCUUCUUUCUCUCACUAUUCAGAUUACUGUAAAAACUUCAACACAAGGUAUUUGAACCGAAUUAAGCCGACCACCAUGUCUCUCUAAACGAUGACUGAUGCUGUUGUAAAUGAUUGCAUCUGUCAAAAGUUAUCUCCCUGAACUCUGUGCCUUUUGUUCUGCCGAGAAGCAAAAGAGCUUUUUGAUUGGAUUUGUGCUCAUUGUCUGUGUGCAGUAUUGUGAAAGUGAGUCUGUGUGUUCUGAUAUGAACAGUAAAAAAACAAAUCGAAGGCAGAAAAUCACACUUUUGUCAGCAUG